UUAAAAGAGUUAGACAACUUGAAGUUGUGUAACUCUUCUGUAUCGAAGUUAUUUUUAUUGUUUAAUGAUGGCUUCCCGUGUCCGCCGUCAUCGCUGGGCUUUGGAUUUCUCUGGAAGGUCCAAAUCUGACCACCAGGUGAGUCGAAUCUCUGACCUCCGACCUCCAGUUGGUUACAGUGAGACUGCCAAUGUAUCCGACCGAGUUAAAGACAUUGAUCCAGACUUAAUUGUUAAAAGAUCUUGGGAUGUGGCCCUUGGUCCUGUCAAACAAGUACCAAUGAAUAUUAUUAUUAUGUGGAUGGCUGGAAAUUCAAUAUCUAUUUUCCCAAUAAUGAUGGUUGGAAUGAUGUUCUUCAGACCAAUUCAGGCUCUGAUUGGAAUUCAAAACACAUUCAAAUUGAUUGAAGGUUACCAAGGACCAUUGCAGAAAAUAGUUUACUUCUUUGGGAAUGUCAUCUGUUUGGCACUGGCUGUGUAUAAGUGUCAGGUGAUGGGUUUGUUACCAACGCAGCCAUCUGAUUGGUUGGCCUUUGUUGAACCACAAAAGAGAAUGGAAUGGUCUGGUGGUGGCAUUCUUUUGUGAAGGAUGAAAUUAAUCACUCUGUUGAAGUUGUAUCUAAAUUAUAACAACAAAUGUUUUUAUUUAAAGCAAAUAAACAAACAAGAUUCUGAUA